CACAUCUUCAUCUAAGCAUCCAUUCCACAACUGCCUCCCAUCGUCUGCGCAUCGCCGACACCAGGCGUGUUCCUCCACAGCUGGAUCUUUUUUAUUUUUCGCCUCGACUCGGAUUAUUUUCUUGGGUUCAUUGCUUUUCUUGGAGAUGGUUUUACGCUUUUAACGCGUCUUGUGAGGAAAACAGGCUCGGGACGCGGAGCAUCGUCGUUACAGCGAAAUAUAUCCUCAUUGAGAAGGACAUUUGUGGCCAUCAGGAGACGCAGACAGACAGCUGAAAUCCAGCAGAGUGGAGGAGAUUUUCUUCCUCUCAAAAAGCUGCAGGAUCUCUUCCUCCCAGGCCUUAGAUGCCCAGCGGCAGCCUCUAGCCCGGGACUCGCAGCUCCCAGCAGCAUAGCGGCUCUGAGCCCCUCAGGAUCUCCCCUGGCAGACCCUCUUCUGACCCAGUGCGGCUCAAGCCCCUGGAAGCCCCCCUACAGUCACCAUGGGAACCGUGCUGUCUUUGUCCCCUAGCUACCGAAAGGCGGCCCUCUUUGAGGAUGGGCCGGCCACGGUGGGCCACUACACGGCCGUCCAGAACAGCAAGAACGCCAAAGACAAGAACCUGAAGCGCCACUCGCUCAUCAACGUGCUCCCAUGGAAGCGCAUCGUGGCGGUGUCGGCCAAGAAGAAAGGCUCCAAGAAGGUGCAGCCCAAUGGGAACUACCAGAACAACGUCACCCAGCUCAACAACGAGAACCUGAAGAAGUCCCAGUCAUGUGCCAACCUGUCCUCCUUCGCCCAGGAUCAAAGCACUCCAGCUCUCACCAAGGCCUCCAACAACACAGUGGCCUCUGUGAAGAAGGCUCCUCUCACCACCUCCAACGUGGCCCCCGGGACCCCGAAGAGGGUGAUAGUCCAGGCCUCCACCAGCGAGCUCCUGCGCUGCCUGGGGGAGUUCCUGUGCCGGCGCUGCUACCGGCUCAAACACCUGUCCCCCACGGACCCGGUGCUGUGGCUGCGCAGCGUGGACCGCUCUCUGCUGCUGCAGGGCUGGCAGGACCAGGGCUUCAUCACCCCCGCCAACGUGGUCUUCGUCUACAUGCUGUGCCGCGACGUGGUCUCAUCUGAGGUGGCCACGGAGCACGAGCUGCAGGCCGUGCUGCUCACCUGCCUCUACCUGUCCUACUCUUACAUGGGCAACGAGAUCUCCUACCCCCUGAAGCCCUUCCUGGUGGAGAGCUCCAAGGAGACGUUCUGGGACCGCUGCCUGUCCAUCAUCAACCUGAUGAGCGCCAAGAUGCUGCAGAUCAACUCCGACCCGCACUACUUCACCCAGGUGUUCGCCGACCUGAAGAACGAGAGCCAGAAGGAGGAGGAGAGGAGCCGCCUACUCAUCGGCCUGGACCGGUGAGGGGAUGCUGGGGGGGGGGGGGUUAAACACCAGUCUGGCAUUUCAAAAGAAAGAUGGUUUGUGAUGCUAUUUAUUUAUUUAUUAUCGUCCAAAUUGAAGUAGGACUAGGCCAAUUAGGAACAUUUAUAACAACUUUGUAACUAGUAUGACUGAAUCUUUCACUCUGGAGGGGGAGAGAUUACAAACGUUUGCAUUUUUGUCACCUAAAAAUGGGGGUUUUGCCACUCGAUGACAUCCAUUUGACAACGCCAAAAUGUUUUUUCAAACAAGCAAUGGAUGGAUUUUCCGUAAACCCGAGAAUGAAAGGGUUUUUUCCGAGGAUGAUGUAUAGUAAAAUACAAAUGCCAGACCUGGGGUGAAUCCUUUGCUAACGUACAGAUAUAUAUCUAUAUGAAACACUGAAAAUCUUAAACAGACAAUGCAGACAAAACUAGAAGAGGAACAUCUACAGCAAUGAAUGUGGAGAGGACGAAUGCUGCGGCAGCCUACCAGUGACCUUCUGACUGUUUGACCAUGUGAUGUGCUGCCUACUGCAGGAGGGCGAGGGCCAUCGCCUGACUGGCUUUCUUCCUGCAUCACGGAUGAACAGCCCCCCCCCCCCCCAUUCCCAUUCCCAUUCCCAUUCCCACUCGGCUGCAAACUGUGGCUCUUGCCAACACCUCGUCCCCUCCAUUAACACGGAUACGAGUGGACAUCUUUUGCUGCGAUGCAUAUCUGAGAGAACAGCAGGGGCCAUCGAUGCUGGAUCCAUAUUUUUGUGGCUUUCUGUUUGUGGCUGUACACUGGACAAGAGGAAACAGAUGGAUUGACAAUAAGCAAACAUUGCAUUGUGGGACUUUUUUGACAACAGCCAGAGGACGUUUGAUGAGUCAGUCAGAAAUACCUAACUUAUUUUCAUCUAGAAAAAAAUAAUGGAUGUUUUACUCCCCACAGGCGUACACCUAUGGAGGCUUAUUUAUUGCUUUUCUGAAACAAGUUUUCUUUGAUUUUUUUUUUUUUUUUUUACUUAGAAAUGUAAUGUUUUGCACGUGUGCCAUGCAAUUUUACAGAGAUUUACAGAGGGUAGGAACAAUAUUCUUAUUUUUACUUGAUUUGUAAGCCAACUGCAUCUACAUUAGAGAAUGCUGUGAACAAAGUGACACUAGUUUAUUUAGCUCUGCUUGCUAAAAUAGGCUUUUUGUUUACCAGGGAAAUUCUUUUUGUACUUUCUUCAAUUUUUGGAAUGAUGUUUAAUUUCGUGCUUAUGAUUCAGCAUAGAAAAUGUUUAAAAUAACAGUGCCAUAUCUUUGAUGAAAACCCCACAGGUCCAGCUGUUGAAAGAUGGGAUGGGUUUUUCCUCUACUACUAACUACUUACUGACACCUAAUUUAUUGCCAUUUACGUAUUUAUUUAGGCACAUCUAAUUUUAAAGAAGGAUCGGGAUGAGAGACUUUGAGAAGGGGAAGGAUGUGAGGAGGGGUCCUGCUUAUCUUUGGUGGGAAUGAAGAUUGAUCUGGUUAAUGCAAAUGAAUGUUGCGGGAAUUUAUCGAUGAACACCUAAUUAGAAAAAAACAAUGUCAAAUCUGACCAUUACCAAAGUGACAUCAUCCAGGACACCUUGACAGAAACACAUCUGUUUACCUGAAAAACUGCCCUUAAAAAACAUCUACUCUGCAAACUGCUGUCCCACAUAUCACACUUCUCCUUAUAUUGAAGGCACUCACUGCAGAAAAGCACCUUGAGGAUUUUCCAUCAGCGUCGCCUCUGUGUAAAUCAAAUGCAGGGUGACAUCACAUUCAUCAAGAGGCUGCGGGAGAUGACCUCUAUAGGAAUAAUCACACUUUCAAUCAUAGAAACCACCAGAAUAACACUGACAGGCUGCAAUGGCAACCACAUGAGAACCAAAACAGGAACAAUUCGAUUUGUAUGUUAUAUAAAAACUACAAUCACUGGAGAAGCUACAGUAUUUCGAUCUAAGAAAUCCUAAAUAAGCUGUCAAACAAGCAUAAUGGUAGUGCCAACAAAAUGCCUCUGUCAUGUUUUAAAUGUGUUCCCAGAGGAUUGAAGGCUUUUCGCUCCUGUAGUGUGAAUCAGAGGUAAUGAGCAGCCUCCUCUGCUGUGUGGAGGAAGUUCAUUUGGAGUGUUUGUACUGGCAUGCACUUUGGAUGGGAUUCUGCUCAGGCAGAAUAAAAGCAGGGCUUUCGGGGUUAAGGGCCUCAUGAAUACACCCCCAUUGGUUUUCUUUCUGUCCACUUUCCCCCCGAUUCACUCGAAAUGUGCCAUUUUUUUCUCCACUUUGCAUCAUUGAGUACUUGUUUGAGAAAAUACUUUCAAAACGCUUAUAAAAUAUGAAAAAAGACUCAAGUGAUAGUUAAAGUCAAAUUCUUUUUCUGUAUCUUGUUGCGUACUUUGUAGAUAAAAAAUAACGAAACAGUGAUGAAGAACUUCAGAAAGGGAGGCAUUCGAUGGCCGCAUGUGUGCGUGAAUGUGUGUGUGCAUGUGUGAGUGACUGGCAGCUUUUUAUUUGUACAGAAGAAUGUGUGACAUGUUGUUUUUCUUAUGGACAUGAAGCAUACACCAACCACACUGCUACUAGGAUUUCAGUUUCCCUCAGUGGGGGUGAGGGAGGGGUGUCCAUGCUGUUCAAUAAAAAUGUUCUUUUUGAAAAAGACAAAAAAGCUGUUAAUGUAAUUGAACCUUUUUUUUCGGUUGGUUUUCUGCUUAUUUUCAUUUAUUUUUGUACUGUGAUGGAAAAAUAAAAUGCACUG